AUGGAACAGAAGAAGAAAUGUAAGAUUCUUAUUAGCAGAAUCACUCCCAAUUCCGAACCUCAGGCUACCGUCGAGUCCGGAGCCUACAACUUGCACUACCAGAUCUCCAACCAAAUCAUAUACUUGUGCAUUUGUGACAAAACAUAUCCUCGUAAACUUGCGUUUUCCUACCUUGCUGAAGUCUCACACGAGUUUGAAAAUUCCCAUGGCCAGGAAGCUCUUCUGGCUUCAGCACGGCCCUUUGGGUUCAGUUCGUUCGAUAAUUUCUUGAGCAAAACGAAAAAACUUUAUCAGGACCAAAGAGCACAAUCCAAUUUGGACAAGUUGAACAACGACUUGGCCGAUGUCAAGAAGGUGAUGACAAAGAAUAUCGAGGAUUUGCUUUACCGAGGAGAUUCGUUGGACAAGAUGAGCGACUUGUCGUCGAGUUUGCGUAACGACUCCAUCAAGUAUAGAAAGCGGGCCCAGAAAAUCAACUUUGAUGCAUUGUUGAGACAGUAUAUUCCAGUGGUGGGAGUGCUGAUUUUGUUUUUGUUUUUGGUGUGGUACAUGUUGUUGAGACGAUAA